AUGGCCGGGACAAAGAAAACAUCCACUGCAGUACGAUCGGCUGGAUCCCAAAGUGGUCGUAGAUCUCAACCUUAUCAAAAGCAACCUGAAGCCAAAAAAUCUCAGUCACGUAAAAGCCCCACCAAAAAAGCUCAACUUGCUGAAACCCAAGCCUCCAAAUCACAAGUCCCCAGCCAAGCCAUCCAAUCAACUUCUCAACAAGCAAAUAAACCUGGGUCAAGUCAACUUCCGCAAUCAAAAGAUCGACAAAAAUCCAUUCCCCACAAGAGGGUGAUUCCACCAUCCACCUCUCAACAUGCCAACCGUUCAAAAUCAAAAGCAUCAACCAAAGUUGCCAAGAAGCCUCCCCCAAAGUUGUGCCCGCCUCCUGAAAGCGAUGAUUACAUUGAGACAUCGAGCAAAACUAACAAAUCAUCUAGUCAAGAAUCCAGUUCAAAUGAGGACAAUCGAGAGGAAGAAGACGAACAUGAAGAAACAAAUUAUUUCAAGCACCAUGAACUUCCCCGCAUAAACGAGCUUGGUGAAAUUGAAUUGAUGGAAAAAGAACAUGUAUCAAGCGAAUAUCAUCAAUCUGACAAUGAUCGGUUACCCAAUUUCAGUCCCGACCUUGGAUCCAACUUGGGAUGUACAGAUGAAAUUCAACACGAUAAGCUUGGAAGCAUUUUUGAUUUGAAUGAUGCUGAAAAAAACCGUGCCAAAGAGAUACUCAGUUUGAAUCCGAAAAGCCAAAAGGCUGCCCUUGUAUAUCACAUGAUCAAGAUCGAGUCAAGGAUUGAGAAGGUCGAAUUUGGUAUGGACCCACAACUCCAACCAGCCAGAACGAUCCCUUCAGAUCCAACUUCACCUGCUUUAAUCAAGGGUUAUUGCUUUGAUGAAUCGGUGAAGCUUACAAUCAAGGAAUUUGCCCGCAAAGCAUUGCUAGAAGGCAAUAUUCAUUCCUAUAGCUAUCGAUCUAACAGCCAGGGGGAUGUCAUUGAGAAUUCUCUCCUUGCUUUGACUAGCAAGUCACUUGUAGAUAGCAGUCCAGCAUUUAAAAGGGAUCACCUUCCUCCAGGAUUUGCUGGUAAUAACUCUCGCUCAAUGUCAAAGGUUUUUGGCCUGGUUUCCGAAAUGUUGAAAACUGAUCGCAACACCUUGCGUGGAUGUUUACUUGAAAACAUAAAAACCAGUAGUAUCCAUAAAGAGAUCAAAGGCCCCGUUCCCAACCUGACCAAACUAAUCUCACACAUUAUCAAGGCCUUCUUUCCAAAGGAACAAGCCUUUCUGGGAGCGUCCUUUGACCCAGCUCAUGUGCCUCAAUCUAGAACACGAAUUGCGUACUUGCGCCUUGAGACCAUACGAUAUGUGUUUGGAACCGAAAAAACAAACAGUGCUCAGUGGGACUUGAUUGAUCCCCAAUUGGAGUUUAUCAGAGGGCAGUCAAUGGAUUAUUAUCGAGCGUAA